CGCCCAGGUGGGGCAGGUGGGGAGCGUGGGCUCAGGUGUGUUCUGCGGCAGGGGAAGCGAUUGCUUUCUGGCCGGCGCAGGCGGAGUAAAACGGACCCUUGGCCUCAGGAUCCAGCUCUGGGAAGCUGGCUUUGUCUCUCAGACGCUGCCUCGGAGGAAGGCCAUGGAAGGGGAAGGGUUAAGAAACUUCAAAGAACUUCAAGCCAAAUUUCAAGAGCUUGAUACACCAUCUCUUCCAAGACCUAUUAAAUUCCCAGCAGGUGUUUCUCAAAAGGGUGACAUUGGAAGCAAACCGUCCACAAAGACUUUGGCAAGUGAGAGACCCCUCUCAUCCAACCUCAGUCAGUCCCCACCCAGUUGUGCCAGUGGUGACCCCCAGCCUCUUAAACACCAGAAAGUAAAGUUGGCUCAGAAGAGCGAGAUUCAGAAAUGUUCUAAUUCCCUAGGAACUCUGGGAGGCCCUUCUGGUUCUGCAGUAAAUUCACAGACAGUCUCCCUGCUGUUAGAUGUGAACCAGUCAAAUGCUGAGAAAAACAGUAAGAAGAAAGCAAUGGUGAACAAUAGCUUCCGAGACAAGCUCUGGAACUGGGAGGUUUUAUCUCAGAAAAGCGAGAUGGCAUCAGCCUUUCUCCCCACCAACUGCAGAAGCCGGGCCUCCCAUCUGGAAGAGCAGAAAAGCAUGGCAUUUACGCUAGAGGAGCCCAGGAAAAAGCUGGAAAUAAAAGGAACCCAGACCCUCCCUUCCCAGAGGUGCUUGAUGGCCCAAAGAAGAUUCUGUGCCACCUCUGAAGAGCCCACCAUUCGACUUUCUCAACAUGGCAGGAAGAGCAGAGACAUCCCCAGUCCAGAGAGGAGCCCAACUGAGAAUACCUGCCACCCCACCUAUGACAAUGAGCUCAACAGCCAGGCCCCAGAGAAACAGCCGGAUGUUAGGCACUCAUGCCUUCCCAAGACCAAGCCACUGCCUUCUCUCAAGUCCCUGGGUCCUCCUCCCCCCAAACCGCCAAAGCCCCCGGGUGUGAACCUCCAGGCCUUCUGGAGCCAGGCAGCUGCUGCUUCUGAGACCCACAGGGAAGCAGCUGGGGAAGAAGACGACCUACCUCCAGAGAGUGCUGAAUUUGAAGAACCACAUAAUUACGAGACAACAAUUUCCUAUCUGAGACACUCUACCGACUCCAUUAACCUGUGCACCGCAAAAGAAAUUGCUGAUUCAACGUAUGAAGUCAGAAUUGAAGAACUCCAAAAGCCUUGGAAGAAUUUUCUCCACCAAGAACCUAGCCCCAAAGAUGAAGACGAAGAUAAAAAAGUGAAGGACAAAGAUCCAUGUGACUUGGAACAUCAAAAAGCGGAAAAGGAACUACAUUCAGACCAUCUUUUCAAGGUGGAUGCCUGUGAAGGGACACCUGGAAAAACCCAGAUGGAGAAAGUCCACAGAGGUAAGAAGACCAUGCUGGCCGGGAAGGAGGGCCCUGGGACUGACAUCAUCCAGACAAAGACCUGUCCGGUGGACCCCAAGCUGGCCCGGCACUCCCAAGGCCACUGUGGGUAUGUGAAGGCCUUGGAGAUGACUAAAGAAACUCCAGGCCCAGGAGCCUUUAGGUCAAGUUCCAUUUCAGAGACGUAUGAUGAUGUUGAGUGCCCGAGGAGAGAGGGAUCAAAGUCAGACUUCUCUAGCUCAUUCACCUCAGAUAAUGAAGAAAAUAGUGAAGAAAUGUAUGAGAAUGUCUACAAAACAAAGAGCAACUACCCAACAAUAGAUUUAGAUGGAAAAGAAGCACUUAAAAGACUGCAGAGAUUCUUCAAGAAAGAAAAGGACAGAUUUAAAAUGAAGAAAACCAAGUCAAAAGAAAAUAUAAGUGCAUUUUCCGUUUCGCUGCCUGAUUUAGAACUUAGGUCUCAGGAAGUUAUUAUCUAUGAUGAUGUGGACGUAAAUCAAAAAGAGUCGAAUGAUGAAGAUAAACAAAAAACUUGGAAGCCCAAGUUUUUGAUAGCAAAGGAAAAAAAAGAGAAAAAAGGUACUGAAGAAUCAAAAAGCUUAUCUCCUAAGAAUUUCUUCAAAAUCAAGAAGCAAAACUUAGAAAAGAACAGAGUGGAAAAAGAAGAAAAACUUUUUAGAAAAAGAUUUGAGUACGACAAAGAGAUUACUGUCAUCAACACAGCAGUGGCAUGUUCCAAUAAUUCAAGAAAUGGGAUAUUCGACUUGCCAAUAACCCCUGGAGAAGAACUGGAAGUCAUAGACAUCACUGAAGAAAACCUAGUGAUAUGUCGCAAUUCUAAAGGCAAAUAUGGAUAUGUGUUAAUUGAACAUCUAGAUUUCAAGCACCAAAGUUGGUCACCUUAGGAAGACCAAGAUCAGAUGGUCUGGGCUGCACAAUUGAGAACUGCUCCUAAGGUCUCAGUCCUGGCCUCGUAUCAGUUUACAUGUCAGUGUGAGAUGAUGGAAAUGUUCGUGACGAGCCGAGAACAGAAAAACGAAUCUUCCAUAUUUAGAUCUUGGUUUUACUCCUAAACGGUUAUCUUUCACUGUCUAUUUCAGUAUCUAGUUCACUGCUGGCUCAAGAGAACGUGAAACAGUGUGUGUGGGCAUUUGAGCACUUGUUUAAUGAGCCAUGUCCAAAGUUAGAAAUCUCGCCUUUAUGGCACCUCGUCAGCUGUGCAGAUGGUUAGUUUGCUUCUAAUAUUAGUACACAAAUGUUUAUAAUUUUUAGAUGAUGUCAUGCAUUUAAAUUUGGUAUAAUUUAAUUCUGAAAAGUAAAGAAAGUGUAAGUCUUUUAAAUACUCCAAUUUAAGGUAUGAUCCUAAAAUCAAUGUAUAAAUGUCCUUACGCUUUAUCACAAAACUAGACUCAGACAAAUGCUGCUCAAAAUUGGUUUCUUUAGGAAUAGUAUGCUGAAAAGCAGGUUUAUUCCUAAAUUCACCCAAUAUUUUAAAAA